AUGUGUGUCUGUGAACGUGAAUUGUGCGAUCUCUAUGGCUUCUGGUGCAGCCCCGCUGCAGUCGCCGCCGAAGGGGAGAAAGAGGAGGAAGAAACAGAGGAUGGCAUCUGUAUUCGCUCCUCCAUGCUCUGUGAUGGUUUCCCCGACUGUUGGCUAGACGACCCCGAACACUCGCCGGAUGAAGUGGGUUGUAAGUUACUGCCACAACCAGAACCGGACCCCUUAACGAACAUGCUCAACGGUUCCCUCUUGCCAGAAUGUGAGUUUCAGUGA